CAGAGUGUUGCGCGGGACUCCGUUGUCUAACAGAUUCCGUUUCGUGUCUUCCGCCCACUGCAGCGGAAUGGCAAUUGAUUCGGAACCGGAAUCAGUUAGACAGUGCUUAGUAGAUAGAUUCAUGUCCACCGGCAAUACAGAAUGUCUGCAUCUUUGGGCGUAUAAUACUCGACCAGUAGGAGCACACUGGUUGCUGCUUGCUAUCAACCCUAUAAGGGAAGUCGUGUAUUAUCUGAAUUCGGUAAAUGGUGAAUGGACCAAUUAUCCGGCCAUGAAGGACAUCGUUGAUUUAUCAAUACAAGUGUUCCGAAGUCAACGGGACGCACAGGUAUCCCGAACUAAAUCUAGCAACAUUACUUGGAUCCAAGUGCAGUGCCCGCAACAGAAAAACAGUUACGAUUGCGGAUACUUUGUAUUGAGGUUUAUGAAAGAAAUCCUUCAGGCAAAUCAAUUAGAGAUUCCGAUCACGUACCUUGACGAAUUCCGUGCCACUGGAUACCCGAGACUUAAGUUGGAAGAAAUAAAAGAGGAUUUGUGUCAUUUUUAUAUUAAGCGCUUUUUCAUGUAGGAUUUGUGUCGAAUUGAAGUACUAUAAUAUUAUUGAUGUUGUAAUGAUGUAUAUAUAUAAUAUU